AUGUACUGCAGAUCAAGAGUUCUGAGUUCCCACUUGCCUGUGAGCUGCUACAUAUCUAGGCAAGUGGUUAUUUACAUGUCUGGCUUGAAAGGUGGGUGAAGGUUUUUUUUUAUUUUUAUUUUUAAUGUUUUUGCUUUAACAAACUUUUAUUACAUAUGUACUCCGGUAUUCCUCAGGAUGAUUCCUUUUAUGCUUAGAAAAUCUGGUCAGGUGUGUUUGACCGAAAAAUGGGCACAAUAUUUCAUUCUUUAAAUGGACUACAGAACUGAUUUAGGAUUCUGGUCUCCUUCAUCCAAGCAUGACGCAUCAUAUCAUGAUGCCUUUUAGCGUCUCAUCCACACCUCCAUUUGUCCCGCUGCUUUUCCCCAGGGAAACCCACAGUUUACCACUGAAUCAGACCAAAUUGCAAUUGGGUUUUCUGUGGAUUGUUGUUUUUUCCGAUUCAGCAGUCAAGAGUGUGUUUUCUAGGCAAAAGCUGGGGGGCAAACACACAGCCAUUCAGACCCAUGCCUAGAAAGCACGGGACCAGCAGAAUAACACUCAGACCGGCCCCAUUUUUUUUAGACACAGAACAAGUGGAUGAGCUCUUAGUUAGGUUGUAUAUUGACUUUUAUUCACGUUUAUAAUUAUAGGUGCAUUCCCACGUUUACAAGCAGGGAUGGCUGAUGCCUCCCAGAAGUGGGAAUGCUAUAAACCCUACCAGUCCUGUCAAACUACCCCUAACCACACCUUUACAUGGAUCUUUUUUAGAAUUCUACCACAGCUCUGUGAAUUGAAGGUACCUCUUAUCAGCCAUAAUAUCUAAACCCACAUGUUCAGAGACAGUAUAACUCUCCAUACUGGAUGCUAGGGACACCUGCAGGUGGGAAAUAGAAUCAUAUUCAUGUCUUGAUUGUGAACAGAAGCAUCUGGCUAGUCACCAUUGAAAACAAAGCUGCACUAGACUUCAUCUGAUCUAACAAGUCUGUUAAUACUCUUAUAUGCCCAGUGUUGUGGGUUGUUUUGGAAUAUUUUGAACAGGAAAACUUUAUGGUUCUAUAAACUUACUGGCAUUUGAUCCAGUCUGUUAAAAGCAAAACAAAAAAACCCUGCAGAAAUAUGCCUUAAUAAAUAUGUCCAAAAAAAUAUAAACUGAAAUAUUUGAUUAAGAAGCAACUUCAGUAAUAUACAGAUGUCUCCCAACUUGCGCACAAUCAGCAUGUGUGCUUCUGCUAACACACGUGCCAAAAAUGGCGAUAAAAAAGGGCAGGGCAGAAUGGGUGAAUCCCCACUUGUGUGCGUCCCAGAACGGAACGCCCGUGUAAGUGGGGAUUCCCCUGUAGUUUAAAAGUUAUAUCCAAACAAAGUGCAAGUGUCACUGGGGUGAGGGAAAUGAUUAUUUAGAUAUAAAAUCACAACUUGAUAUUAUACACUUCAUUUUACAAUGUUAUCAUUUUGAGAGAGAGAAAAGGGCACUGUGUUUUUAUCUUGAUAACCAAAUGUGGGAGGAACCUCACAAAACAGAGUUUUUCUUUUUCCUCUUCUCACUGUAGUUCCUUACUGUAGCUAGUUGGUAGAACAGGAGACUCUUAAUCUCAGGGUUGUGGGUUUGAACACCACAUUGGUCAAAAGAUUCCUGCAUUGCAAGGGGUUGGACUAAAUGACCUUCACAGUCCCUUCUAACUCUAAUUCUAUGAUUCUCUGAAAAGCCUGUCCAGAGGACUGGGAUGUCUCCUGAAUAGUAGCUUCAGUGAGAUUGCUUUUUGCAGGCUGUGCUGGUGCCAGAUAGUAGUACUACACCUGCAAAAAUCUAAAAAAAAUCAAGACUUUUAUCACAGACACGUGUGUGUUGAUGACCUUUUGCCAUUAUCUCAAUGUUGGCUUUGAUGCAUUGUGGGGAAACCCAACCAGAUGGGCGGGGUAUAAUAUUAAAAUUGUUAUUAUUAUUAUUAUUACCAUCAUUAUUAUUAAGUACACUAAAUAUGUGCAAUGUAUUAACAAUAAUACAUUGCUAACGUGAACAUAUAAAUUGUAUUUGAUGUGUGAAACUUUUUUGUAAAUAAUUAAUAAAAAUGUACUGGAAUAAGUAUUACAUUUUGGUCUUCAUGUGUUCACCCUAAUUAAACAAUUUUGAUAUGAAACCAACUAGAAUAGGAACAUCUGUCUGAAUGGAAGUGUUCGCUUUGAUAAGUGCUGUUUUCAUUCUAUUUUAAGUUGUGGGAAGAGAGAAUACUCUCUAAUAUUGUGCAUAACUUAUUCUUGAGUCAGUCAUACACAAUAUCAAUGCAUAAAUGUUGAACAGUAUCUCUUUUGUAUAAAGUAAACAAUAGUGAAUUCAACAGUAACUAUAUUUUUGAUUUGUUUUCUUGAUUGUAUUCUAUAAUUUCCUAGCCCAUUCCCAGUGGAAAUAAAUAAGUUAUUUCUUUUAGUACUUCUAACAUUUCCCAGACAUUGUCUGCUCUGUUUUUUGUUGCUUCCUAUUAAAACUGUUUAGAUUGCAUGUUAUAGUUUAAUAUUUUGUGAUUGUAUCUAUGGUGGGAUGACCAUUUUUGGUGAGAGUCUGAGGUGGGGUUGUCAAACAAACCAUGGUUAGGUGAGGCUGCAGGAUUUAGACAUAAUGACAAACCAUAGUUAAAAACAAAUCAUGAUUCAUAUGCCAACAACAAACCAUGGCUUUGUUAGUCUAACCAUAGUUAGUCUGCUGGGCAUGCUUCGAAUGGCUGAACAAAUCACACUUUGCCUAUAUAACCCAUGGCUUAGUGUUAUAUGUGAAUAGGCCUUUGAAACUAAUACAGUAAUCUUUUCAUUUUAAAGCUAAUCUUUGUCCAACACAUCAAAAGUAACAUUGUUUGUCUUGUCAAUUUGUUCUCUCUAAUGUAAAUGGAUUGAGAAAUUGUUUUGUUUGUAUUAUUAUUGCUACAGUUUAUUAGCAGCCCUUCACCCAAAGUCCCAGGGCAGGUUACAACAAUUAAAACACAGUACAGUGGUGCCUCGCAAGACGAAAUUAAUUCGUUCCGCGAGAGUCUUCGUCUAGCGGUUUUUUCGUCUUGCGAAGCAAGCCCAUUGACGGAUUAGCGCUAUUAGCGCUAUUAGCGGUUUAGCGGCUAUUAAAGGCUUAAAGGCUUAGGGGAUUAGCUGCUAAAAGGCUAUUAAAGGCUAUUAAAGGCUUAGCAGAUUAGAUAAAGUGGAAGCGAAAAAAAUCUCAAGACUCGCAAGGUAUUUUCGUCUUGCGAAGCAAGCCCAUAGGGGAAUUCGUCCUGCGAAGCAACUUCAAAACGGAAAACCCUUUCGUCUAGCGGUUUUUCCGUCUUGCGAGGCAUUCGUCUUGCGGGGCACCACUGUAUUAAAACAGUUUAACAGUACUUAAAAUUAAAGAAAUAAGGUGGAUCCUUAUUUUUUUAAAAAAGAAUUUGAAUUUGAUCCAUAUUGCAAUUCAUACUUGCAGACGAUGGAGCAAGUUAUGUAUAAGUGCGUGUAAUGGCUGCCCAUCAUCCCUUUUCAUAACUGGAAGCCCCACUUCAGGGACAUGUAUGAUUGGUGAAGAGACAGGAUGGGGGAAGAGUGCUUAACUAUUCUUCUAACUGAUACUUCUUCAUUCAAAUCAUAUGCAUGCAUGCACCCACACCUCAAAGUGGAACUCAAACACUUGUACUCUCAUCUUUGUUUUUUGUUUUUUAAAUAAUAUUUAUUACUUUUCCAACAAUUUAAACACUACAAAAACAGUACAAUACAAUACAAAAACACUACAUAACAUUGACACAUUAAACACAUUAAACUAACAAAACAAAACAAAAACAGUAAAAUAAAUCAAAGAAUUUCAAUAUCCCAUCUUUCAUUCACUUGUUUCCACGACCUCCUCACACCUCCCUUUUUGUAUUCCACUUCUGUUAAUUGUUUCAGCAAUUCCUUUCCAUCUUCCUCUGUUUUCUAUCCUAUAAUUAUCUUAACACAUUCUAACCUUAUUUUUCCUUUAAUACUCUAUUAAUCUAUUUAUACUUAAUUCCUUAUAACAUUUCUACUAAAGCCAUAUAACUUCAUUCCAACAUUUUUCUAACAUUCAUUAAUUUUACAGUAUUUCUGUAAAUAGUCUUUAAACUUUUUCCAAUCUUCUUCCACCAACUCUUCUCCCUGGUCUCGGAUUCUGCCAGUCAUUUCCGCCAAUUCCAUAUAAUUCCAAUUCCAUCAACUUCAUCUGCCAUUCUUCCCGGGUGGGUAAAUCUUGUGUCUUCCAAUACUUCGCGAUGAGUAUUCUUGCUGCUGUUGUUGCAUACAUAAAAAAGCUUCUAUCCUUCUUUGGCACCAAUUGGCCGACUAUGCCCAGGAGAAAGGCCUCUGGUUUCUUCAGGAAGGUAGAUGUAAAUACCUUUUUCAUUUCAUUAUAAAUCAUCUCCCAGUAUGUCUUAAUCCUUGGGCAUGUCCACCAAAGGUGAAAGAAUGUACCUUCAGUCUCAUUACAUUUCCAACAUUUGUUGUGGGGCAAAUGGUAAAUUUUUGCAAGCUUGACUGGUGUCAUGUACCACCUAUAAAUCAUUUUCAUUAAAUUUUCUCUUAGGGCAUUACAUGCCGUGAAUUUCAUACCUGUGGUCCAUAACUGUUCCCAGUCAGCCAUCAUUAUAUUAUGUCCAACAUCUUGUGCCCAUUUAAUCAUAGCUUCAUCCAUUUCACCGUUUCAUCCUGAGUGUUCCAUUUCAACAGCAAGUUAUACAUUCUUGACAAAUUCUUGAUUUUUGGAUCUAACAGUUCUGUUUCCAAUUUUGAUUUUUCCACCUGGAAACCAACUUUUUUGUCCAAAUUGUAUGCCUCCAUUAUUUGGUAAUAAUGGAGCCAAUCUCGCACUUUAUUUUUCAAUUUUUCAAAGCUCUGCAAUUUUAGUCUGUCUCCAUCUUGUUCCAAAAUUUCCCACUUGUACUCUCAUCUUUGGAGUUAUUUGGCUUAUGGUAUUGCCGUUGCUUAUGGAAUUACUACCUUUUGAAAUUCACCAUUAUCAGUUAUGUGCAUUAAAUUAAAAAGUAAUGGUAAGCUGGUAUGCAUUGACCAUUGUAAAGCAUGUUGAUUCCAUGUGCAAAGGACUGGAAACAAGUGAGUGAAUCAAAGGGAAGGAGCAGAACAGGGAAUGAGGACGCAAACAAGAAGAGUAGUGAAGAUUGAUUACAUCUGACUUGUCAUCCCUCUUGGUGCUCAUGUAAUGGCAGUGUCUCACAGAACAUUCUUCCUCUGGGCACAUUCAGUUACUUGGAUCCUAUGUGCAGAACUGCUCCUGGUGCUGUUAGUCUGCUGAAGACUAGAAGAAUGCAUGCAGCCAGAAAGAGGAGUGUACUGUUGGGCAACACUGUUGUUUUAGCACCAAGGGUGGGGGAAGACUAUAUUAGCUUUCUAGCUUAUCUCCUCUUCUGACUUACUGUCUUCUAGUCCUGUCUAGAGACAAGAUACAUUGUUCUCUGCCUGCAGAAAAUCUGGAUCAUGAUUACUGUUAAUUAUUGUUAUAUACCAUAAAAAGUAUGAGCACAGGCUAUUUUUCUUUCCCAUUGACAUCUAGUUUUCUGAAGUCAACCUCUUCACUAAUGUCUAGCCCCUUCUUCUUUGUUUUUCAGAUCAGCAAAAAUGGGAAGCACUGGAUUCUGGUUUGCUCCUAGACAUGUCAGUGGAACUGGUUAAGACCAAAAUCUGA